AUGAAUGAGACGUCACUUCAGGCUGCUAAUAAAUUCUCUGGCAAGAAAUUUGCUACGAAAGAUGCCGACUUUACGGAAUCUGUGAAGUUGUAUACCCUGGCGCAGUGCACACCUGAUCUUUCUAGUAAAGAUUGUGACUUCUGCCUUCAAAAUGCCAACUCCAGGUUACCAACAUGUUGUGAAUAUAAGAAAGGAGGAAGAGUUAUUUCCCCUAGCUGCAAUAUUAGGUAUGAGAUAUACCCCUUCUACAACGCCACAACCGUCCCUGCACCUGCACCUGCACCUGCACCUGCGCCUGUACUUGCGCCUGCGCCUGCGCCUAAUAACAAACAAGGAAACAGGGGAAUCUCAAGACAAGUUAUUAUUGCUAUCGUUGUUCCAAUUGUUGUUGUUUCCUUAGUGGUCUUACUGGUAGGCUUACGUUUCUUGAUUGGGAGAACGAUGAAGAAGAAACAAUAUCGUACUAUAAAGCAGAGAAAUGAAGAAGAUGAAAUUUCGAUUGUUGAAUCCCUGCAAUAUGAGUUGAUUACUAUUGAACUUGCUACUACCAGCUUCUCUGCUGACAAUAAAAUUGGAGAAGGUGGAUUUGGUGAUGUGUACAAGGGUAUCUUUCCAGAUGGACGAGAGAUAGCUGUAAAGAGACUUUCUAGGAGUUCAGCACAAGAGUACGCAAUACAUGGUCAAUUCUCAAUAAAAUCUGAUGUUUUUAGUUUUGGCGUCCUAAUUUUGGAAAUCAUAAGCGGCAAGAAGAGUAACGGCUUUUACAAAUCACAUGGUACAAGAGACCUUAUAAGCUAUGCUUGGAAGCUUUGGAGAAAUGGUGCACCCUUGGAAUUGAUGGAUCCAAUUUUGCAAGAGUCUUUUGUUUUGGAUGAAGUCAUUCGAUGCAUCCGAAUUGGCUUAUUGUGUGUUGAAGAAGAUGUCACUAAAAGACCAACAAUGUCAUCGAUACUUCCUAUGCUUGAAAGUUACUCAGACACACUACCUAUUCCUCGAAGACCUGCAUUUUUUAUUCCGAAUGGAUCAGAUAGCAUGACAAAAGAGAUAGACCCCAACCAACCACAAUCUAUAAAUGAAGCAUCAAUCAGGCGCAUUGAGGACACCUCUCGCGCAUUCUACUCGGGCCAACUUGGUGGCGCAACUGCUGGAGACUCCGGCGUCCCUGACCGGCCAAAAGUUCAUGGAUUUGUCGGAAUCCAAACCGGGUUCUCCUCCGGCGAUCGCCGCAAGGCUUUGAGGAGUACUUGGUUCCCCUCUGAUCCUGAGAAUCUUCUGAGAAUCUUCUCAGAUCAAAAUGGUAAUGAAGAAAUCAUCACUAAAGGUGCUUCAGUUGUGCAUGGAGAACCCGCUCAAGAUGAAAAUUGUCCCCCCAAAGUUCAUUCUGAUGUUGCAGUUCUUCAUGAGAAAUUGACAAAGCAAGUUAUUAAAGAAGGUCAUGAGUUUGGGGUUUCUCAAAACCAAGUCUCCUCUAAUAAAAAAGAGCUUAAACCUGAAAGUGAAAAAAUGAAGGCAACUAAUAACAAAGAACUUAAACCUGAAAGUGAAAAAAUGAAUGUCUUGCCUUCGUUGUCUAUUGAUGUGCUCCAGGAGAUUGGAAAAAGAUGCAGAUCAAAUGUAUAUGUUACUAGCAAGAAACAAUGUCAAAUAGCAUUUAUUCUUUUCCAGGUUCAUCAUAAUGUGUCUUCUUGCUCAGACGAAGGAAAUGAGAUUUUGACAGCUGAACCUUUGCAAUAUGAUUUGAACAACAUUCAGCUUGCUACCAACAACUUUUCUCACGAUAACAAAUUGGUGAAGGCUUGGAGACUAGAGAGAAAUAGUACACCCUUGGAAUUGAUGGAUCCAACUUUGCAAGAGUCUUAUGUGUUGGAUGAAGUCAUUCAAUGCUUCCAAAUUGGGUUAUUGUGUGUUCCAGAAAAUGUUGAUAGAAGACCAAGAAUGGCAUCAGUACUUGCUAUGCUUGCUUACUCAAAUGCUCUGCCUCUUCCACAUCGACUUGCAUUUUGUUUUUCGAAUAGAUCAGAUUGCACAACAAAAAAGCUAGAUCCCAACCAGCUCAUGUCUAUAAAUGAAGCAUCGAUAAGUGAAAUGUGUCUAAGAUAG